ACAACUUUACCAACUAGCUUCCUUCUUCUGCACAAGUCAAACCCCCUUCCCACUCAAGCUAUCGUUUCAACAUGGUCGUCUCUAUUGAUCUCUCGGGCAAGACCGUCGUCGUCACUGGCGGCAACCGUGGUAUCGGCCUGGCCAUGUCCGAGUCGGCCGCCGCUGCCGGUGCCAACGUCGCCAUCUUCUACCACUCACACCCCAAGGCGCAGGAGUCGGCCGCCAACGUCGCCAAGAAGUUCAAUGUCAAGGUCAAGGCGUACCAGUGCGACGUCAGCGACGACGCCCUCGUCAAGAAGACGUUUGAGCAGGUCGAGGCCGACCUCGGAACGCCCAUCACGGCCGUCAUGGCCAACGCCGGCGUCUCUGUCGUCAAGCCCGCCCUGGAGCUGACGACCGAGGACUUCCACAAGGUCUUCAACGCCAACGUCCUCGGUGCCUUCAACGUCUCCAAGGCUGCCGGCAACCACUGGGUCCAGAAGGGCUUCAAGGGCGGCUCGAUUGUCAUCACCAGCUCCAUGAGCUCUGAGCUCUACAACCAAAAGGGUCUCAACGACCCCCUCACGCAGGUCUUUUACAACGCCAGCAAGGGUGCCGCCACCAACAUGGUCAAGGGCCUCGCUGCCGAAUUUGCCCAGUACGGCAUCCGCGUCAACGCCCUCGAGCCCGGCUUCACGGCGACGGAGCAGACGAGCGUCAUGGACAAGAAGAUUCGCGACUACCAGGCCGAGAGCGUGCCCCUGCGCCGCUUUGCCGAGCCAAAGGAGCAGGGCGACCCGGCCCUCUUCCUCAUCAGCGACUACGCUUCGUACAUCACCGGAACCAUCCUCCGUCCCGACGGCGGUUUCUCCCUCUACUGAGCGGUUCCGCACACCACUUCCAAUGUCUCUCCUUUGUUUGAGAGGCGUUGCUUCAGUCUAGUCAUGGGAAGAUAGGAAAAGGAGUCAUUGAAAAAACAAGCCAUUGGUGAUUACAGUUGCAAAAGGUGUGAAGGAGGCCUCAAAAGUUGAAGGACUCGGUGUGAAUGCGAUCUUUUGAGAUGCCGGCA